CCCACCACCUACGAUAUCUUUUUAUGAAAUUUCAAGAAAUAAUAAGAGUUUAUAGAAAUGUCUGAAAUCAUGUUACGACCAGAAAUCACUAGAUUAGUUCCCGCUUCUAUAGUGAAUAAUGUCUCAAGUUUCGUAUUUUACGACAAUCAUCCGCGCGACCAAAAACUUAUUGAUAUCGUAAUAUGCAGCAAUUCCGGAGAAAUCCAAGAGUUUUAUCAAAGAGACUUAAUUUGUUCUUUGUUACUUGAUAACACAUCAGGACCUUAUAGCAUUAAAAUGAUGAGAAACCCAGAAGCUGACUUAUUUUACUUGGUACAAACUAGAGAAGAUUUUUUCAUUUUAUCCCGUAAAGAAACUAUAAAAGUAGUCAAAAGAAUAUCCAACGUCGAGAAAUAUGAAAUUGAUGAUACCAAAUGUACUGGUAGAAUACAAUUAAAAGUUUAUUAUAAAGAUGAUGCUAUUCCUUUGGUAUUUAAUGACACUUUAGCAAUUAUUGAAGAAAUCACUACAAUGGUUGAAGAAGAUGAAUCGCCCAUGCUCGUAGUAGAGUUGCAGAGUAAAUUAUCUGAGGCAAAAUAUAAUUUAGAGUGCAAUGAGAAUACUUAUCGAGAGCUGGUAAAUCUACGUCAAAUGGCCUCAUAUUCAAUUUACCAGAAAAAUCAGGGUAUCAGUGAUAAUCCACAACCAAAAUGUGUAAAAGAGAUGAGCGAGUUCAAGUUGAAAUUGAAGUCACCAUGGGUGAAGUACUGUAAUAAAAAAGUUGUUAUAGCCAUUGAUACUUCAAAUCAUUAUCAUGAAGAUGUGGAGGAACUUCACCUACUUUUGAACAACAAUUGUUCAUCACUAACAUACACAACAAAAUUAUUUAAAAAAUACCACAAACCACCUUAUUGGAUUGAGAAAAAGAAAAAUAUGAUGGAACCAAAUUCAAAAAUCACAAUCGUCGUGAUUAUAGAAUUUGAUGAGUUGUUUAAUACAAGUUUCAGUAAAGUUGAGUUGGAUGGUGUUGUAGCUUUUAAGAAAAAUGGAAAAGAGUACCUUGUGCCUUUUGAUCAUGUUGUGAUAUCCUCUAUGGAUGCUAUGGGAGAGAAUUUUGAUGUAUUACCCAGUGAUUUUACUGACCAACACAGUGUUUUGGCUGCAAUAACUAGUACAGUAAAAACGGAUCUUAUUCUAAGACUUAUAAAAGCUGAAAUAAGGCAAGAUUUUCUAAAAUCACUAAAAGCAAUUUUGUGCGACUAUUUACAAAUGGAAACAAUUCCUAAAAUGGAUAAUGUUUUGAUUCAUAAAAGAUCUCCAUAUCAUAAGUUGAAUGGUAUAAUCAUUGUUUUCAAUGAUAAAUACACACUUGAAGAAGUGAGAUUUGAUGUCACAGUUUAUAGCAGGACACCUUCACAAGUUUUGGCUCUAAUACGCUACAUUUAUGACGCUGUUCCCUUCAAAAUACUCAUUACGACGGCAGACCAGAAAGUCACUGCGAAACUAGAUGAAUUUUCUUCAUACAAUGAUACUCUUGAAAGUCCAUCAACGGUGAACAAUAUAGAGUAUGCAUCAUCAAUACUUGAUAGGACCAGCUUAGUGUUAGAAUAUCUAGAUUGUUCGAUGAUAAAAAUGAAUGAGAGCAAAGAUCCGACUGUGAGGGACAAGAUCGGUAAGGUAAUUGAUUUGCUUGCCUGUGGCCAGACUGAUUAUAAUAAGUUUAGAGCGAAAAUGUCAGAACUAGGAGCGAAAGGUGUUAUAAAAAUGUUGGGGGAUGAUGAUAAUUCUGACAACGAAAUCGAAGUGAACAGUGUUUGAUCAAAAACAUUCAUUACAGUCAAUAUGUGUCUGAGUAUUUUUUUAAAUGGUUUUUUACCUAUAGAGUACAAUGUGAAUGUGACCACCUACUUUGAGACAUGAGGUCGAAAUCUCAAUUACAUUGUAUAUAGGUACUUUAUAAAAUAUCAAUUAAGAACAAAACGGCACCUGGUUGUGCAGGCUUAAGCUAUAGUUGCAUUGCCGUAACUGCUAUUCCCCCCUUCAGAUAAGCGUGCUAAGUGCGAGUUUUUUAACUUCUCGAUCGCGUAAAAGUAUAUUGAAAUUUGUAUGGAGUUAGAACAGCGCC